AUGCCAAAAAACACAAAGAAAGGAGGAAAUAAGAAGUUGCAAUUGAGCAACAAACAAUUCGAGGACUUGCUCAAGGAGAUCGGCGGCGGUCUUCCAGAAGGAAUGGCUCUGGACCCGGCGCUUCUCGCCACCCUCCGCGAAGCCACCAACACUGAAUUCAAUAAAGUCGCUAAGGAGAAGUAUGGAGACGUUCAAGUGGAAUCUGAUGACGAUGGGGAGGAGCAGAAGUCAUCGGAGCCGAAGAAUGGGGGAGAGGGCAGCUCGAAUAAGGCAUAA